CUGGGCUGAAAUGGCUGCAAGUGGCCCAGGUUUCGGCAGGGCCUUGGGUGCCUCUCCCUGCCCGGCUUGGAGACGAGCUCACUGGGAAGCCAGGGGAUGCCUAUAGCCUGAGUACGAUGCCAUGGUGAUAGGAGCAGGACACAACGGGCUGGUGGCUGCAGCGUGCCUGCAGAGACUGGGGGUGAACACAGCAGUCUUCGAGAGACGCCCUGGUGGAGGUGCAGCUGUCCCAGAGGAGAUCAUCCCAGGGUUUAAGUUCUCCCGAGCGUCCUACCUCCUCAGCCUGCUGAGGCCACAGAUUUACACCGACCUGGAGCUGAAGAAAUACGGGCUGAAGCUUCGUCUUCGAAACCCCUACUCCUUUACCCCAAUGCUGGAAGAGGGUAUGGGGAGCAAGGUGCCCAGUUCCCUUCUUCUGGGCACAGACAUUGAGGAAAACCAGAAGCAGAUUGCCCAGUUCUCAUGGAAAGAUGCCCAGGCCUUUCCCAAAUAUGAAGCGUUCAUGAAUCAGUUGGCAUUAGCCAUAGACCCUCUGCUGGAUGCAGUCCCCGUGGACAAGGCCUUCCAGAGGGGUUCCCUGCUGCAAAGGCUCCAGUCGCUCUCCAUGCUCAAGCCCCUGCUGCAGGCAGGUCAUGUGCUGGAAGCCCAGCUGCCCCAGUUAGUCCUCACAGCUCCAAUUACAAAGGUGCUGGAUCAGUGGUUUGAGUCCGAGCCUCUAAAAGCCACUCUGGCCACGGAUGCUGUGAUUGAAGCCAUGACAAGUCCCCACACUCCGGGGAGGGGGUAUGUGCUUCUCCAUCACGUGAUGGGGGGCCUGGAGGGGAUGCAGGUGGCCUGGGGCUAUGUCCAGGGUGGCAUGGGUGCCCUCUCUGAUGCCAUCUCAAGCUCAGCCACCGCACACAGAGUAAGCAUCUUCACUGAAAAGACAGUGGCUAAAGUGCUGGUGAGCAGUGAAGGGCGCAUCCAAGGAGUCGUGCUGCAAGAUGGCUCGGAGCUGAGGAGCAAAGUGGUGCUGUCCCACACAUCCCCACCCAGCUUCCUGAAGCUGACACCACAGAAAUGGCUUCCUAAGGAGUUCAUGGAGAGGAUCUCCCAGCUGGACACCAAGUCACCUGUUACCAAGAUCAAUGUGGCUGUCGACAGGCUGCCUGACUUCCUGGUGGCCCCGAAUGCUCCCGGCGGCCAGCCACUGCCCCAUCACCAGGGCUCCAUCCACCUGAACUGUGAAGACACACUCCUCCCCCACCAGGCCUUCAAAGAUGCCGUGGACGACCUGCCUUCCCACAGGCCUCUGAUUGAACUCUGCAUCCCUUCCUCGCUGGACCCCACCCUGACUCCCCCCGGCUGCCAUGGCGUCUCCCUCUUCACUCAGUACACGCCCUACACACUGGCUGGAGGCAAGGUGUGGGAUGAGCAGGAGAGAAACGCAUAUGCAGACAAAGAGUUUGACUGCAUCGAGGCCUACGCUCCUGGCUUCAAGGGUCCCGUGAUGGGCAGGGACGUCCUCACACUACCUGAUUUGGAGAGAAUCUUCAGGCUUCCAGGAGGGAACAUCUUCCACUGUGCCAUGACCCUGGACCAGCUCUACUUCGCCCGCCCUGAGCCCCCGCACUCCAGCUACCGCGGUCCCCUCUGAGGCCUGUAUCUCUGCAGAAGUGGUGCCCAGCCGGGAGGGGGCGUCAUGGGAGCCGCUGGACGCAAUGCAGCCCAUGUCGUCUUCAGAGACCCCAAGAGCAUGUGACCCUGAACCAACUCUGACCUUGAGAUUUUAAGUCCCCGUUGGGUCAGGGCCCCAGGAUAUGGCUGGGGGCUGACAAGCCCUCGUGCUCAAGCCACAU